CGCCUUCCAAGGAUGCAAGGGUGCGCCGACUCAUCUUGACAUCCUCAACUCGUCCGUCAGUCGCUCUAAACAAGGAGUGUCUUUCAUGAGUGCCGAAUUCUACAACCAUAAAGUAGUGAAUAAAUUUUCUAAGAUGGAACUGACCAUUACAAAAUGCUUGGACGCUGUGUCAUACAACACGUGUGAGUACGAGGGCACGCACAAGUUCUCCGUAGGAUUGUGUCAACUCAUCACCGCUCAAAACAUGCCGUGGUCCAGCUUCCUGACCAACCUGCAACCCCCAGUGCGCUGUCCUUUUCAAACCGUGUGCGCAGCGAAGGGCCAGUCCCGCCUAUUGCUGCAGUUUGACGCCUUCCAAGGAUGCAAGGACGAGCAGCCUCCAUUUGCAUUCCUAAACUCGUCCAUCAGUCGCUCGAAACAAGGAGUCUCUUACCUCAGUGGCGAGUUCUACAACAAUAAAUUACUGAAGACAUUUACAAAGAUUCAACUGGCCUUGACGAAAUGCGUGGACGCCACGCACACGUGCGAGUACGAGGGCACGUACAAGUUCUCUGUGGGGCUGUGCCAACUGUUGGUAACGGCAAACAUGCCGUGGACCAACUUCAUGACCAGCCUUCAACCUCCGUUACGCUGCCCUCUGCAAACCGGCGCCUAUUCACUGAAAAAUGCAUCCGUUGACAUGAACUCCGUGACAAAGUUUGCGGGAGCCAGCGCCCUGGAAAAAUAUCUCGGGAGUACGUACACAACGGAGGUCCGGUGCUUCAACGAAAAGAAUGACCUGCACGUGUGCUUCUUCGUCACAUGGAGUUUUGUGCGUUCAAGAAAUCGAUGAAAGAUUUUUGAUGGCAGAUUUCUGAAAUACACGUACACUAAAAUGA